GAAAGCCAAGGUAGGGCACUGAGUCUACAGCCCGCCUCCCGCCGCGGAGCUGCUGGGUGAAGCCUUGGCUGUGCAGCCAGGGGUGCAGGGGGUUAGGGGCAAGCCUAGAAAGUCCAGGGCCCAGCGCUGUGUCGCUGUGUGCUCCCCCCUCGUCUCCCGACACCUAGGCUGCUCGAGCCCAGGGUGUUUUUUUUUUUCCUUUUCUCUGCCACCUCUCUGCCCCUGGCCCAACAUGAUACUGACCAAAGCUCAGUACGACGAGAUAGCCCAGUGCCUAGUGUCUGUGCCGCCUACCAGGCAGAGCCUGAGGAAGCUGAAGCAGAGGUUCCCCAGUCAAUCGCAGGCCACUCUGCUGAGCAUCUUCUCCCAGGAGUACCAGAAACAUAUUAAGAGAACACAUGCCAAACAUCAUACUUCGGAAGCGAUUGAAAGUUAUUACCAGAGGUAUCUGAAUGGAGUGGGGGAAAAUGGAGCUGCCCCAGUGCUCCUGGAACUAGCCAAUGAGGUGGACUACGCACCCUCAUUAAUGGCUCGGAUUAUACUGGAAAGGUUUCUACAGGAGCACGAGGAAACUCCACCCUCCAAGUCUGUUAUAAAUAGUAUGCUACGGGACCCUUCUCAGAUUCCAGAUGGAGUUCUAGCAAAUCAGGUCUAUCAGUGCAUCGUGAACGACUGCUGUUAUGGACCACUGGUGGACUGCAUCAAACAUGCCAUUGGUCAUGAGCACGAAGUCCUGCUGAGAGACUUGCUUCUGGAGAAAAACCUGUCCUUCCUAGAUGAAGACCAGCUCCGUGCGAAGGGUUAUGACAAAACGCCAGACUUUAUUUUACAAGUACCAGUUGCUGUAGAAGGGCACAUAAUUCACUGGAUUGAAAGCAAAGCCUCAUUUGGUGAUGAAUGUAGCCACCACGCCUACCUGCAUGACCAGUUCUGGAGCUACUGGAAUAGAUGGUGACAGGUAAACAAAGAAACUAGUUCUGCAAUCUGAGGCCAGAUUACACACCUGGGUUCUAAUUUCUGUUUUCGAAGAAGCAGAAGCAGACACCCUGUGCUCACUUCACUGGUUAAAGUGGUUCCGUUUGAAUGAAAAUACUGAUGACUCUAAAUAGCAAAGAACCACAGACAACUGUACAGCACUGAACAGUACUCAAUGGUGUUGAAUCAAGAACAUGGGAAUCUUACUUGUAGUUCAGUCCUGUCACCUGCCAUUCUGGGCACACUCUGACAUACUGCCAUCAGUGGAAUCUAUAAAACCUGUGGAAGAUAGACCUCUCUACUUCUCUCAAAGAAGAUCUCAGCCCUUACUGACUAGAAAGAGUAAGGCAAAGUUUUGUUUGAACGUGAUUUUUCCAGUUUGGGGAUCCUUGAAGUGAUGGGAGGGAUCUGUCCCGUUCCCUGGGUUUGAAUCCAGGCCGCGCCACUUUCUGGUCCCAUGGCUGGGAACAACUUGCUGACCCUCUCUGAGCCUUUGUUCUCUCCUCAGUAAAAUGGGGUUAAUCAUACCUUCUUCACCAUAUUGUUGUGCAGGUCAGUUAUUUAAUACAUGGAAAGCACUUUCAUAGUGCCUGGUGGUCAAUAAAUAUACCCACGUUCUCUCCUCCAUCUCUGUUUCCUGUGUGUCACCGUCCAGUGGAAUUUAGAAGUCUUCUGAGUAGACAUUUUUAAUUUCCUUCUUUGCCAGGUAAACCCCUAUUCAGCUAACUUCAGCACUCAGCUUGGCUGACAUCUCUCUGGGAAACCUUCCUGCCAUUCAGGAUUGGGCUCAAUGCCCCCCUUAUGUUCUGAUGACAAUUUCAUAGCAUUUGUGAAAUACUGUAAUUGCUUGUUUGCUUAUCACUCUGCUCCUGUUAAUAUACUGAGUUCUGUCUUAUCUGUUUGUUUUCUCCAUCAUCAAAUGCCCAGAAGCUGGCAGAAUGCCUGGCACUUAUAGGUGCUAGUAGGUGAUCAGUAGAUAUUUAUUGAACAAAUGAAUUUCCUGAUGCAUAACAGACAACAACAUCUUGAAUCAGCCAUUGAGGAUUUUUCUAAAUGCCUGAUUUUUCUAAAAAACUUUUAUAGACUUUUGCAGAUCUAUUUCAUGAGAUGUAGCAUAAGUUUAUUUAUGUACAAGUUUUAAAAUAAAAAGUAACUGAUAACUAAGUGGCAAGUGUAUGUUAUGAAGACUUUUUGGUAAAUAUUUUUACUCCUAUAUUGAUUAUUUGUUUUCACAAAACUUCAGCAAGGUCUCUCAUUUGAGAUUUGAUGUGGAAUGCCUCGAAAAUCCUGAGCCGAAGAUAUUCCACAGUUUAUUUAGAGGAUGGAGGAAACUGGGCCCACCUUAACAUUUGGGGACCUGGGACAAGAGUAUGAAUGGAGGCCUAUAUACAAUGUGCCCAAAUAUUUAAGGUUGUGUAUUAAAUUAACAGACAUUAAAUAAAACCUCUUUUCUCCUGCAUGAAGAUCUGGGAGUUCAGAGUUGCAUUAAGAAUGCCUAGACUCGCUGGAGGUCCAGGCUGAAUGCGGCAGUGCAGGGAUAGGUGGCCCCUGCAUAGCCCACCUCCCUUUUCUUACCGCCUUUGGCUCCAUCCUACACCUGGGGAGGUUUCAAGCACACCCUGGCCCUCACAUCCAAGCUCCAUGUACCUUCCUACAAACCUCUGCCCUUGGUCAUCUCUCACUGCAAAGGUGCCCACUCUGAUGAUCUUCCCUCUUACCAGACAGAUAAACCUGAGACAGAGAAGACCCCUGAGAGUGAUCUCAGGACUACUCAGUCAGGAAAUUCUGAGGCCCCUGGUAACAUGGGAUGUGGCCUAGAAAGUUGUUGCAGGGGACAGAUGUCAGGUUGAAGGUGGUCCCUUUGCUCCGCAGACUCCUCUUCCUGCAGGCCAGGGUACCAGAGGAGGCCAGAGCAGAUCCCCUAAAGUUGGGGUCCAGGCCACGGACUCCUCUCAACUGGGUCUAAAGGACAGUGCCAGAGGAAGCAAGUACAUUUGUCUUCCAGAGUCAUUUCUCGUUCUGGUGUUAGGCUAUGAGGGGAGAUGAGCACCAGAGGAAAUAUGGUCUUGAUCACAUUUAUGUGUCACUGGAAAGAUUAAGAGCUGAGCUCCAUCUGUGGGAUUUUUGAACCCUUGGCUCCAGAGAGUCUACUCUCCUAGAGGCAAGGCAAAGCUAAUACCUUCUGCCGCAAGAAUUGAUUUGGCUUUCAUUCUUACCUCUAAGUAUUCCUCAAAGAUUGGUUAUUUACUCAAUGGUUUAGUGAUUGCUUUCUCCGGUCUGUGCUAACUUGAGAGGUGAGGCAUUUAGAAUGGGGCCGCCAAGCAGCUAGAGAUAAGGAAGGUGUUUCUCAGAGGCUGUCCAAAGUUUUUCCCGUAUUAAGAUACUUCCAGGAAGCCUGCAAUUAGCCAAAUCACAGAUUUCCAGUUAUUUCAGUCUUGUUAAAAACAAGGCCGAGUCACAUCUGUCUUAAGUUGGAGUAUGUGCCUCAUCUGUAGAAGCUCUUGCAAACCUUCAAUUACGGCAGCCUCAGAAGGGCCUGCUGCCGUCUGCUAACAAGUAGUCAUCAGCAGCAACAGGAGACAGAUUGACAAACAAUUAGCAAAUGCACUGCAGAGGGCCUCUCUAAUGGUAAAAUACAAUAAUUUGCUCUUCCAUCCCUUACAGUGGAGCUGGUUGUGAGAUAUUGAUGGCUCAUUGUUCCAGACAAACACUUUACACUGUCAUUAGCUGGAGUAACCUCACAGUAUUUUAAAAGGACCAAGGAAGUGUUUUUUGUGUGUAUACAGUACUUUUAUAUAAGAAUGAUUUCUCAUUAACAGUUAAGUACCAUUUUUUUCUAAAUUUGGAAUGUGAAUAGCAAGAACUUCUCCCACCCGGGAAUUCCUAUUUUCUGCCAUGGUUAAUUGUUUUCAAUGCUGACUUUAAAUCUAAAUCUGAAUGGAGACUAGAAAUGUUGUCUUAGGCCACUGAAGUGAUAUUUGCAAUAAAGAGAUAGUUGAGAAAACUGAAAUGAGUUACUCAAAGGAUUAAUGGGAAAGAAAGUAGACCUGUAAGGAAAUAUCAGUGAAUCAGUUUCUGAUGUCUUUUAUCAGACAGUAAUCAGACAAUAAUCAGAAAGAUGUCUUUAUGAUCAUUGUCUUCAAGCAUAUGCAAGAUUUUUGUUGUUGUUGAAGGGGAGUGGGGCACCUAUUGACCAGUACCUGUUGACUACUUUUUCAAAUCCAGGGGCCACAGAAUUGGUGAAAAGAUAACUCUUCUUGCUGACCUACUGUAUUAGAGUUAAUAUGAGUCACAUGUUUCAGAAAUGUUACUGCAAAUCAAACCAACAAGCCGAUGAUUGGGUGUCCGUUCUAUGACUAGAAAUACAGCCAUUAUGAUUGUCCAGAGAGAGGGAGAGGAAAAUAAAGGAAGUGACUCAGGAGCACGGUUAGAGUCAGGAGCCCAAGAAUAAGAGUUCGUUUCUGAAAAUAAUGGCUUGGGGUCUAGGGCAGUGAUUCUCCAACUUCACCAUAUAUUCAAAUCACAUGGUUGGAGCAUUUUCAAUAUUAACAUGGGCUUUAUCCCUGGAGAACUGAUUGAAUUGGUGUGUGGUGGAGCCUGGAACUUGGGAGGUUUUUUUUGUUUUGAAAACUUCAGGUGGUGAUGCUGGUCUGCACUGAACAUUGAAGUCCACUUCUUUCCCCAGCCUUGAUGUGCCAGCCCAUCCUAGUGUACCUAGCCUAUGUGCUUCUUAACAGUCUUGAUGAGAAAAAGUAACAGCUUUUUUGAGGAAGACUGGUUAGAUCAGCAAACAUUUCACUAGCUCUUCUUAAUCUGGAGACACCUGGCCUCUGCCUUUGAGGGCUUCAUAGUUAGAACGGAGACAGUAAACUGCAAAGACUGAACCUGAACCCAGGUCUCCCUCUGAACUCACACCUGUGUCCUUUCUGUCCACCAUGCAACUUCACGUCAGUCAUGGUGAUAAAUGUAUUACAAGAGGCUACUUACUGUGUCAGUUAAUGGUUUCACUAAGCUGAAGCUAAAAAGCUCUCUAACUUAUGAGGUGUAGAUGUUUACCUCCAUGUGGUUUGAGAAAAAUGGGCCAGGUGUUCUCUGGUGCUCUCUCUAGAGCUCCUCUUAUUCUAUAUUUAAAACACACAUCUAUAGGAUUAAUGUAAAAUUCUUUCAGAUAUAUCCAGGCACCCAGAAUAGAUAACCCCCAAAUUGUUGGAUUUGAAAUCCACAGAAUCAGGGGUGAGGGUAUAGCUCAAGUGGUAGAGUGCAUACAUAGCAUACAUGAGGUUCUGGGUUCAAUCCCCAGUACCUCCUCUGAAAACAAACAAACAAAUAAACAAACAAAACUGAUUUCUUCCCCCAACCAAAAAAAAAAAAAUCCACAGAAUCAGAGUUUUUUUAAUACAUGGUACAGAAAAAGUAAGCACAUAAAAAGUGUUUUAUAAAUAACGAUAUUUUUAAAAACAGUUUUAAUGAGAUAUAAUUGGCAGGCAGUAAACUGCACAUAUUUAAAGUGUACACUUGGCCAAAUUUUAACGUAUGUAUAAUCUCAUAAAAUUACCACCAUGACAGAUAGUGGACAUACCUACCACCUCUAAAAGUUAUACCCCUUUAUAAUCCCUUCUUCUCUGUCCCCUCAAUUCUCUCUGCACCCAGGCAACCACUAAUCUGUUUUCUGUCACUAAACAUUAGUUUGCAUUUUCUGUUUCCUAUAAAUGGAAUCAUACAUCAUGUACUCUUUUGUCUGGCUUGUUUUACUCGGCAUAAUUUUCUUAUUAUUUAUCCAUGUUGAAUAUAUCAAGAGUUCAUCCCUUUUUAUUGCUGACAUACUCAGUUGCAUGGCUAUACCACUAUUUGUUUAUCCAUUCACAUUUAAGUUGUGGAUAGACAUUUAAGUUGUUUCUGUUCUGGAUAUUAGUAAUAAAGCUACAAACAGUUUUGUAAAAAUCUUUGUAUGGUUUCAUUUCUCUUGGGCAAAUACCUAGGAAUAAAAUGGUUGGGAUAUUUACUUGACAAGUGGGUUUUUACCUUUUUACAAAAUGGUUAAACUGUUUUCCAAAGUGGCUGUAUCAUUUUAUAAUUCUCAGCAGCAGCUUAUAAGAGUUCCAGGUGCUCCCUGGAAAGACUUCAGACUUUCUAAUAGUUGUAUGGUAGUA